AUGGCUGCUGUACCCGUAGCGCGUUCCCCGCUUCCCUUUACCACACUAUCGCCGCAGAUCCUUCCCUCUCAAACUCCUCGUUCUCCCUCAGUAAGAGCAUCGCCUGCAUUUUCAUCGCUUCUGCUCCCGCCUCCCGCCCACGCUGCUGUGAUAACCGCAGCUGACCCCAAACCGAGUAGGCUAGCCUCAGUCGCGGUGGACACUAAGGAUAGCAAGCCCGGUUCGGAUGCCAGAGCUGCGCCGGAGGCUCGGGCCGAGGCUGGGGAGGUAGUACUGAGUAGAUCAGUGCAGCAAAAAGAGCAAGGGAUUCAAGAGCAGCAACAACAGCAGCAGGGCCAGUUGAAACAGCAGCAGCAGCAGCAGAAGGCACCUCAGAGGCGUCAGUAUUACGAAGUGCAGGGCGGCAGACGGGGGGGAGUGGCGCCAGCGCGGUACACAGCGGUGGUGAGGUUUCCCAAGGCGUGCGGCAUCCUCGUGGGCACGCCCGUGCGCAUGCGAGGCAUCGCCGUAGGCUCGGUGGUGGCGGUCCGGCCGAGCCUGACGAGCGUGGACGUGGUGGUGGAGAUUCUCGACGAGGACAUAGUGAUUCCGCGCGGCACGCCUAUAUUCGUUAACCAGUCGGGGCUUAUAGCGGAGACGCUUAUAGACAUGACGCCGCUGCUGCCCAUUCCCGAGUAUGACGCGGGUCCGAGGGAUGCGGGGUGUAGGGAGGAGGGGGUGAUAGUGUGUCAUAGGGAGAGGGUGGAGGGGGAGAUAGGGGUGAGUAUGGAUGAGAUGGUGCGGCUGUAUGUGAAGAUGGGGCGCGAUGCUGAGAGGGAGAAGGCGAAGAGGAGUGUGGGGGGUGGUCGGGUGGUGGUGAAGAGUAAGCUUUGA